AUGAGAUGGGUGGAGAGAAUUUACGAUGAGAUGAGUGAGUUUGAUUUGGGGAUGUAUGUUGGAGUUGAGAGUACUCUAAUAGAGAGAAAGGCGAGCUUGAACUCGUUUAAACCCUGGCCGCAGGUUCUAUGGUUCCGUCAAGAAGACAAUGGUUAUGCUAACUGCAGGUUCUUCAGAUGGUACGAUGAGGAAGAACCAAGCAGAUGA